UCUGUGUUAACCGUCUUCAAAACAUCAACACAAGAAGAAGCGCUAAGCUAGCUCCACCGCCACGUUUUCCCGCCUCUGCAGGGCGGUGUCGCAUCGCGCUAAACGUCGCAUGAAUGUAAAUUUCAGACGGAGAGACCAACCAGAAAAUGGCUUCCUCUCUACCUGCGUCUCUGUUCCUGCUGUCUGUGGUUUUCUGGCAGUUUGUCUUCUGGGAGUUUGUCACUGCUGCAGAACAGACCAACAUCAAAGCUACAACUGGAGAGGACGUCACUCUGCCCUGCAGUGACCCUGACAAUAACCCCAUCCUGGUCGUACAGUGGAGCAGACCCAGGCUGGGGCCAAAAUUUGUGCUCCUGUUCAAAAACGGGAUGAUAGAUGAAGAUCAGCAGCAUCCAUCUUUUAAGGGCCGGGUGGAACUGUUGGACUCCAACAUGAAGGACGGAGACGUGUCUAUGAUUCUGAAGAAAGUUCAGGCCAGCGAUGCGGGACAAUUUGAGUGUCGAGUCAUUCAGAUGGCCCACGGGGAGGAACUCAGGAGGAAGGUCUAUCUGGAAGUAAUAGAGCCGUUUCCUGCCUGGGUCAUCGUUCUGGCGGUUCUGCUCAGUGUGUUUCUGAUUGCUGCUGUUGUCCUGGUGUACAGGUUUAAACACCACAUCACCCCAGCCCCGAGGGUCCAGGAGGAGGAUGAAGACGAUGAAGGUGAUGAAGAUGAAGAUGAUGAAGGUGAUGGUGAUGAUGACGUGAAGAUGAACUCGGAGGAUUAACAUCAUAAACAUUUCUGGACUCAUUAAACUAUCUUCAAUAUUUCA